AUGGGCGCUGCCGGGUGCAAGGCGGGAUUUGGAGCAGCUGAGCUGGUAACGCGUGUGGGGCCAAAGCUGUGCGAUUUUAAAGCACUUCCAGAGCUAGACCUGGCUCACCCAGCAACAGCGCUGAGCUCCGGUUCCUGCCCUGUUUCCUCUGCUGCUGCCUCUGGAUUUCACAAGGAGCCGCAGGGGGAGCUCGGCCGGGGCUCCAGCGAUGGAACCGGCACCUUGAGUUUACCCAAUACCCGCGGGAGACAAACACAAGCCCAGACACGGCCCGGGAGCGGCUCCCGCAGCCCGGGCCGUGAACUCCAGCGACAUCUUGUCUCUGUCCCUGCUCCAGCGCAUGGUGGGGCCGGCGUAGCCGCUUCCUGCGGGGCACCCGGAGGCCUCGGCACAGCGGAGCCCGGCUCCGGCCUGCAGACCCAGCUCUGGGCCCGGCCCCGGCCCCGGGGAUCGCCACAGGCCUCAGCGAGGCCUCGGAGCUCCCGGCCCCUCCCCCCGGGCCCGGGUCCCACUGGGAUCCGCGGCUCCCGGGCCCCCGCCGCUGUCUCCUUGUCCCGGGCGGCACCACCAGGCCCAGCAGGGGGCGCCCGCGCUCUGGGCCGCGCCCGUUGGCGUCGCCAUGGCAACGAUCGCGGCACGGCGUCUCGGGGAGGGGCGGGUGGACGGUGUCGCCGUGACGUAACCACGCGCUGCGCGGUGACGCACGUGGGCGCGGCCGCGUGCGCCGAUUGGUUACAUUUGGACGACAGCAGCGCGCGAGCAGCCAGUCGCCUCCAUGUGGACAGCGCGACCCCGCGGGCACGGCGGCACGAGGGCGGCGGCCGGGACGCCGCGCAGACCGGUGCCCAAGAAGCCGUCCAACCCCAGCCUGAAGGAUCCCGUGGGGGGAAGCUGCCACCCAAGAGGGGACAAAUCCAGUGGUCCCCAUCCCUCCUGCCAGGAAUGCUCCAUCCCCACAGCCAAUCAAUGUGGGGCCGGGAUGAGGCCGUGAGAUUUAAAUCACCGAAGAGAGCAUUUAAAUGGGAAAUCAUGCUGUCUUGGAUCACCAAGAAAAAACACAACGAACUGGAGAACUGGAAUACAGAUGAUGCAAUCAGCUGUGCAACACUGGAGAUAACACGUUUGUCUAGGAGCCCCCGGGUCACCCAUCUGCUCUCAAAGCCCCCAGAGCCACAGGACCGCUGUCCCCAAGCCCGGCACUCGCACCCUGUAAUAUGCUGGCAGAGAAAGAACAACAGGAUGUCCGUGCGAUCAGUCGGUUUUUUGGAGACAGAGAGAACCAGUUGGCUGAGCAGCUCCAGCAUCAGUGAUGCCUCCAAGCAGCAGCCGGGGGUCCUGGAGGUGCAACCCGGUACCCCGGUACUCAAGGGUCUCUGUGUCACCAGCACCCAUCACUUCUCCCAUGGAGAUCUCCAGGCUUUUCCAAUCAAAACAAAAGAAUAUUUCAUCUAAUGAGGAUGCCACUAGUGUUUAGGAAGCAUUAUUUUUAUUGUAUGGUACAAAAAAAAGAAAAAAAAAAUCCUUGGAGGCCCAAUACUUAAAGCUGGAGUAACAGACUGCUUUUAAAUUCGCCUAUAAGGAAAUAUAGGACUUGUAAUGAGCAGGCAACUGAACUAAAUGGCUGGCAAGCCAAUUAGCUUGCUUUAAAACAUUGUAUUCAUUAGAAUGAAAAUAAAGCCAAACUUUUUAAAGAUAA